AUGUCUACCCAUCGACCCAUCGACGACGGUGAUGAAGACAUUGAAGUGGAGUCAUCAGUCUCAAUAAGCUCAGUUGAUAUCAAAAUUAAGCUAAUGGGCAUCAUCAGCAAGUGCGGAUAUCGUACUAUACUGCUGUAUCUAGUGAUCGUAGACGGCGGCGCAGCUCCUUCAGGACUCUUUCUCGCCAUUACAAACCCCACAAUGCGCCUUGUUGCUAUCUGGACUUCCCUUGCAUUAUGUUUGAUCCCAGCUGUCUAUGCUGCACCUGCUGGUGAGACUCACCUCCAAGUGCCACGGACGAGCUUGUCCAAGCGCGUCCUUUCUUCCCGCGCCUCGGUUAUCAAUGUUCGACUCAACGAUGCAGAAGAUAAUGGUGAACGUCAAACUAAAGUCCGUGAGAAGAUAAAAGCCCUCGCCAAAAUUGUAGGUGGGGCAUGGGGGGAUAAGAAAGUUGGGAAUCAGUGGCAAUUCGAAUUCCAAGACCCUCCGAAGAGAUUUCCCUCACACACUCCCGUCGCUGUGCAACGUUUCGAACUCCUUGGGAGUAUGAAGGGCUGUGAAGAGGAAGUGAACGGCGAAUGGCCUUGUGUCGGCUACAUCUACAAGGCGGAUGACGUGGCGGGCGACAUCACGUCCCGUAUUAGGAAGGAGGUUUAUGAUACGAUGAAGCUGGAACCUUCGGAGAAGUGGGACGGAGGACCGCUCCGAUGA